GUUAAUCUACGACCAGGUGAAGCCGCUGGAAUGGGAAAUAAGGUCGAUGCCAUGUCCACGCUGGACACGGUGCCAGAGCGGGUCAGGUACCUGUCAGAGGUGGCCCCCCACAAGGAGCUGUUCGUGUUUUACGACGGCCACCAGAGGUCAGCGUACACCGCAGCAGACGUGUAUCAGAUGGCGGGACGGUUCGCCACCAAACUUCGCCAGCGGGGCUUCCAGCGUCACGAUAUCGUGGCCAACACCUUACUCAACUCACCUGAACGUGUGGUCACUGACCUCGGCAUCAUCCUGGCCGGGUGUGUGGCCAUGAACUCACAGAUUAUACUAGCAGACGGUAAAGACUUCGUGCACGCGGCGAACAAAAGUGAGUGCAAAGGGGUCAUCAUGUCGACUGCUGGAAACUCCCCCGCCUGGUCGCUGCUCAAGGGUGACGUCACGGAGGAGAAGCCAUCUUUCUUUGCCAGAGUAGCCAAUCAGCAGUUGCCGCACUUACAGACGGCCGUGCUGGUGUCUCGCGCCACUAACGGACACGGGCUAUCUUUUCUGGAAGAAUUAAAGUCCUGCACAGACGAACCUUUUGCAGAAGACAUACGAGCAGACGACACAGUCGUCAUCUUCUCAACUUCCGGUACCACCGGCUACUCCAAGCUGGUGCCUCACAGCAACCACCACAUCCUGCAAAUGUCCAGCGCCAUGGCCGAGGCCGCCAGGGGGAGGGGGACAGUGGCUCACCCGGGUCUCAACACACAGCCGUUUUACAAUGACAGGCUACUGGGUGAGUUCAUAGCAUGA